GAUGAGAGGGGGAUUCAAGCUGAAGAUUUACACCGAUGUGUAAGAAGCUCCUUCCUCUGCAGUGAAGACUUUAUUUCUCCAGCUCUCAGCAGUUAAUUGUGAACAGACAAUGAGCCCCCUGAACCUCCCACUUCUCCUCAUUGUCCUGUCAGUGAGUGUGAGCUGCGGGGAGACGGCACCUAUGGACAGACUCAAGUCUUACGAUGCCCCAGACUGGACAAAGGGUUGGAUUUCUCUGCAGACCAGACACACCUUGUUCCGACCCGUGAAUGAAAUCCCACAGCUGGACAACAGCAGACACAAGGGGCAUCAGUUGCAGAAGAGAAAGUGCAACACAGCGACGUGUGUGACCCAGCGUCUGGCCGACUUCUUGGUUCGAUCCAACAACAACAUCGGCACCAUUUAUUCACCGACCAACGUGGGCUCCUACACUUACGGCAAAAGGGACCUUUCUGGGGGUUCUUAGCAGGGAGCCCCCCAACAUUUCCAUGAAUCUGAUUCUUUCUGUUUCUCCAACAUUAAC